GCUAACAAGAUCGCCCUGAGGAGUUUGCCGAGGGGCAGGUUAUAUAAGUAAUGUGUCAGGGCUACUGUUAAAUAAGUAAGUAUAUCAGUCCCUGCCCUGGGGAAAUAGCUAAGCGGUCAUGGAGGAGACAGGCACAGGAGCAGACUGCGAAAUGCAGUUUUUCUAUUGUUAUCCUCCAAAAGAAAUGGAAAAUGCUGAUGUGGUUGUAAGCAGCUGCAGCUCCCAUGAUGAUGAUGAUCUUUACAGCUACAAACGACACCCAUCUGUUUCACAAGAGCUGCUUUUGGAAGACCAGCUUAGAAGGAAACUUAAAUUUUUUUUCAUGAACCCAUGUGAGAAAUUUUGGGCCAGGGGCAGAAAACCUUGGAAACUUGGGAUUCAGCUUCUAAAAAUAGUGAUGGUUACCAUCCAGUUAGUAGUUUUUGGGUUAAGCAAUCAAAUGGUCGUUACCUUUAAGGAGGAGAACACUGUGGCAUUCAAGCACCUCUUCUUGAAAGGAUAUACAGAGAGAAUGGAUGAUACCUAUGCUGUAUACACACAAACAGAUGUCUAUGACCAGAUCUUCUUUGCAAUAAACCAGUACUUACAGCUGCGCCACAUAUCUGUUGGAAAUCAUGCUUAUGAGAGGAGAGGAGCAGAACAAACAGCUAUGGCAAUCUGUCAACAGUUCUACAAGCGAGGCAGCAUCUGUCCUGGAAAUGACACCUUUGAUAUCGACCCCAACAUUGAAACUGAAUGUUUCUAUGUUGAGCCAAUGAUGCCCUUGGAAAACAGAACACUGGGAAAGCACGAGUUCAAUUUCACUCUGGACUUCCAUAGACUUGUAACAGUACAGCUUACCUUUAAACUGAAAGCAGUCAAUCUCCAGACAGUUCGUCACCAUGAACUCCCGGACUGUUAUGACUUUACUUUGACAAUAGUGUUUGAUAACAAAGCACAUAGUGGAAGAAUUAAAAUAAGUCUGGACAAUGAUAUUGGCAUCAGGGAAUGUAAAGACUGGCACGUUUCUGGAUCGAUACAAAAGAAUACUCAUUACAUGAUGAUCUUUGAUGCCUUUGUCAUAUUGACUUGUUUAGCCUCUUUGAUCCUCUGCACACGAUCAGUGGUUAAAGGAUUUCGGCUCCAAAGGGAAUUUGUAAGUUUUUUCCUACAUCAUUAUAAGAAAGAAGUAUCUUUCACUGAUCAAAUGGAAUUUGUCAAUGGGUGGUACAUCCUGAUUAUUGUUAGUGAUGUCUUAACUAUUGUUGGCUCAACACUAAAAAUGGAAAUACAAGCAAAGAGUCUGACCAGUUAUGAUGUCUGUAGUAUUCUCCUAGGAACCUCAACCAUGCUUGUGUGGCUUGGAGUUAUUCGAUACCUAGGUUUCUUUCAGAAGUAUAAUCUGCUUAUUCUGACACUACGGUCAGCAUUGCCCAAUGUCAUUAGAUUCUGCUGUUGUGCUGCUAUGAUCUAUCUGGGCUAUUGUUUCUGUGGCUGGAUUGUACUAGGGCCAUAUCAUGUUAAGUUCCGUUCUCUGAACAUGGUUUCAGAAUGCCUUUUCUCACUUAUAAAUGGAGACGACAUGUUUGCCACAUUUGCAAAAAUGCAGCAGAAAAGUUACUUGGUUUGGUUAUUCAGUCGGCUUUACCUCUACUCCUUCAUCAGCCUGUUCAUCUAUAUGGUGCUAAGUCUUUUCAUUGCACUGAUCACCGAUACAUAUGAAACAAUUAAGCAUUACCAGCAAGAUGGCUUUCCAGAGACGGAACUCCAUGACUUUAUAUCACAGUGUAAAGACCUACCAAACUCAGGCCGAUACAGAUUAGAAGAGGAGAGUCCUGUGUCGAUCUUCUGUUGUUGUAAACGGUCCUAAUGAAGAUAUUUACAAGAAUGUGGGAAUGUAUUCUGGAGACUUUUUAAAACCGCACACUAAUCACAAGAACUGGAUAGAAAAAAUAGCUGGAAAAUUCCUGAACUUAAAGCUCAAACUUUCUUUUCUUUAAAAUAGUAUAAACUUGUUACAGAAGUUUGUGAAACUUGGACCUCUAAUUGACCAUUAUCUCUAGUUUAGUUUAGGUUGUAUUUUUCUAAGCAUAUGCUCUAAUUGUCUGAUGAUCUAGUUAGAAUUGCACUGGAAUGCAAAGGGCAUUAUGAAACUGGCUAUGCACUGUGAUCUGGCUAGACUAGACUAUUCAAUAGUAUUUCUCCAAUAGAUCCAAAAGUUACAGCUGGACAAUGGCAACGUCAAACAAAAACUGGUCCUCAACACUACAGGCUUUAUGUAUGGAGUAGCAUUCAUUUACUGAGUUACAGCACUACUUACCAAAGGCCUUUGGUUUCUUCAGAUUUUCUAUUUACCUACAGUAAUAGUAAAAAAUCAACCCAAACUGAGUUUCAGGAAAACACAUUAGAUAAACUGCCGCUGGAGACAGUGUUGUGGGUUAACGUAAAUGUUCAAAUCUGGCUCAGGGCAUAAACUAAGUGGGCAUUUGUGCAAACAAGCCAUACCACCUGACAUGACCGGCAGUCUCUUCUCAGAGAGGCCAGAGUAUAUAGCCAGGGAUAGGGAGGUCAGGUUGAAGUGUGGUGGCAGAGAUGAGUGGGGGAACCUUACAUAGCUUACUACACACACCACUGGGUAGGACCAGGCAUGUAGCCUUUCACGUCUCUUAACAGAAUGCUGACUUACAUUUUUAAAGAAUAAAGGUGAGGUAAGGGAGAAAAUAAACAUAACAGCAACAAAAGUACUUCCAAAAUAUUAAUUUUUAUUUAAAUGUUUCCUCCUUGUAUACUAGACCUUAGACUAUUUCUGGAGUCUAAAUUAGAUGUAUGGAGAUUUUGACUGCCAGAUAUUGGAAAGUGGAUAUUUGACAGCUAUUAUCUGCAGUAGUCACAAAGGUCCUCUGUGGAAUUUUGUUAUGAUACAGUACUUCAAAUAUUGCAAUUCUGAGCUAUUAAGCAGUCCGUCCUCUUGCUUUGGAACCGGAUUUUUAUUGAAGCUUUAUUCUCCAUAAUCUGUUCACUUGGGAAGCAGAACAGAAAAAUGGAGGAGCAUAUUUUAGAUGAUUGCAUGUGUAAGAGCAAAAAUCCUAUAGGUGUAGUAAACUGUACAGUGAAAUGUUCUUUAUAUACUAUGUACAAAUUUGGAAGAUGCUAAAUAUGUUCAGUCUGAAUGUUUACAUUUUGUAGGAAAGUGCUGACAUAAACAUUUGCAAUUGAAGUAAA